GCGCAUCGCCGCUACAAACACCAAGCUACCGAGCACGGAUUCAUGGCCUGCCCAAGUGGAGGAGGAGACGGGGCUAGCGCAGAGUGAGGACCGUCCGGUCUACGUCAACAAGGUGGGGACCUUCGGGCUAUCGCCUGCGAGCUACUGGUGGACCAGGAUCGCUGCGUGUGGGAUCCGCCUGGUAAAGGGCUACCGCCUGGAGCUCCUCCUGUAUGCCGACGACUUAGAAGUGCUAGGCCUGGACGCCAGAGGGUGGCUUCCGCGUGGAGUGGCUGGCAUGGAGACGGACUAUGUGGGCUACAAACUGGGCCUAUCGAAGAAAAGGGCCGACUGGCUAGUGGGAUGGCUACGAGAAAAGGUGGCCGCCGGAAAGGUGAGUGCGAAGGAGAUGUCCCAAGGGCUAGGCCGGCUGGGGUUUGCCGCUACUGCACUGGACUGGGAGAGACCGUUCUUGGGGCCUCUCCAUGCCUGGUCCGCUGCCAUCCAGGGGAAGCCGGGGCUUCUCACGCUGCCCACUAUGCUACGAAUCCUCAUGGAAUGGCUAGCGGGGAAGCUUGGGGGAGGAGAGAGACUCCAGGCUCCAGAAUCCAUGAGCUACGAUUCCAAUGUCCUGUCCUUCUUCACGGACGCUAAAGCCUGGGCACCGUGGGCGUUUGCUAAGAAGGAUCCGAACAAGGUGAUCGCCGCCUUGGAGCUCCUGGCGACCCUGGUCAAGCUAUGGGUCCCGUGCAGUGAGGAGAGGAAAUCCUCGAGGGAAGCGAUACGGGGCUACACAGACAACAAGUCGAAUGAGGCCGUUCUGCGAAAGCUGAUGACGACGAAGUUCCCUUCGAUUUUGGUCCUCAUGGAGCUAGACCGAGGAAAGAUGGCGGCCAAGAGAACUGGAGCUCCAGCUACAGUUGCUCAGAAGGGACCUAACCAGCUAGCGGAACACACAACGACUUGA